AUGAACUACACCGCGACUGGUCAAGCUUACAUCGACUGGAACGUUGUCGCAGGCACGAUAGGAUCGUUCUUGGACAAACUAUACAAAAACCCGCAACAGCAACCGACGGCACAAGAACAUCCCGAGACAGUUUCGUACACCCUGCUACCGAAACUCGAGCAGUCUAACGGGACACAAGCGGCGAGAGACUGGACCGGCUCAUUUCCCACGGCCUCCGACGCACUCACGACCACCACCGGCUUUACCACUCAGACCCCGGACGACAGUCCCCACAUCAUCGAUCCCACCGUGUCGUCCGCUAUGUCCUUCGCCCCCGCCCCCGUCUCUGCCGCAAUGACCCUUCCAGAGCCAGACGAGCCACUCAACGUGACACCGGCCCUGUACCUCCCGUCGUCGAACUCAUCUAUGGCCUUCCCUGCUCUUUCGACGCAGAGUAUCUACGACCAUCAGCUCUCUAGUUUCAUGCCGCGCCUCUCCGGCAACGGUACAGCCCUAGGACCACAUCCCGACUCGACUACGAUCGCAGGUUCAGGAGCGCCCCAGAGGGAUCCUACGUCUCCCCUCGUUGCAUUCCCUACACCUCACCUCGCUGCAUUCCCGACCAUGCCGUCUUCGACCAUUAACUCUGGGGAGGCUCCCUCUACGAUCUCACGUCAGCCCUCUGAGCGUAGCAAGGGCAAACGUCGAAUGAUCGGCCCCUCCAGCGACGCCGAUAGCCAUAUUACGGCUCUUGACUCGUUCGCACCUCCCUUGGGCUGCUCUACUUCGGCGUCAUCUGGUUGUUCUAGCUUCCCACUUUUUGAUCUCCCACCCGGCGACUCUCAUCAGUCUUAUGACUUAGAGGAUGAUCCUUGGUUCGCGGAAACGGCACUUCAGCUGCUCACUCCAGAUGAUGAGCUUUAUGUUCGUGCAUUGGAGUUUGCCACAGCCAGGAACAAGAGGCAGAGAUCACCGUCGUUCGAUACCGACAAUCUCAGGAGUCGCAAGAAGGCGAAAAUGACGAACGACGACGACUACGCUUCGGAGCCCCACGGCCUCGAAGACACAGUACGCUGGGCCACUCCGGUGGUCCAGCUAGACAAACACUUAGAACAGGGGGCAUUCGCCUACGAGGAUGUUCCCCCACAACACGACGUACCCCGUUUUCUACCUGCUGCCGAAGCUGGACCUGCGGAGGGCUCUAGCACCAGUGGCAAGGAGAGGGUACCCUGCCCCAUCCCGUCUUGCUCUAUGACUUUCGCCUGCCAGAGGACCGCCUCGCGGCACGUGGCCACUCACAGAAACCACAGCGGCGUCCGGUCAGAGCCUGGCUGGGGAGACCGUUAUGGCAUUUCGCUGACUACUCAGCGGAUGAGGAUUAGGUGCCCCUAUAUAGGGUGCGAACGCCACAGCAGGAAGCGAGGUUUGCGGAGCGACGAAAUGAACAAUCAUAUGCGCGAUGUUCAUUGCGUGGGCGUGGAGACGUGGAAGGAGAGGGUGGCUACGCUCAUCAGGAGGAGGCAGUUGGCGGGCAUAUGGAUGGCGGAGGACGAAGUUAGCACGGAGUGGGAGUAUGAGGCGGAGGUGACGAACUUUCAGGAAUUGUCGAGCGAUGUUGUUGACAAGGACUUGGUCGCUUGGUCCGGCAAACAGAUCGACAGAGAAGGCCAUUUAGAAAGCACCUUGCUGUAUCUUCUACGUGUUGGUCCCUAUGAAAGCCGCGUGCCAUUAGAUGCGUUUGAAUGCGAUGUAAUCUGUGGUCACAAUUACGGUACGCCCAUUGGGAAAACGGUCAAUGCGCAUAUAUCCACGGAUGCGACAACAGUAAAGCAUACCAAUUAUAACUGCAGUUACUACGCUCUUUGUUUCGAGCACGACAUCAUCACACCGCCAUCAAGGCGGCGCGACACACAAAGAGCAAAAGAACCAAAUUGGGAAGUGAUACUCUUUGCCCAGUCAAACUGGCCACACGCGGGUGACGAUUGGAACUGGUUCUUUUCCCUGUUCUCAUCGCCCCCCGAAACAUACAACACCGCGACAUAUUCGAGCUCGCGGACGGAGGACGUUAGCCCGUGCCACGUCGAUCCUGUCCCCGUUCGUUCGAACACAAGCACCUUCGAUCCUGACGUUUCCGGCACCUCUGGCGCAAUGACCUGUCCAGAGGCAGUCGACCCAAUCGACAUCACACCCGCCCUGGAGCUCCAGAGCAGGGAGCUCCCCAGUUCGGAUUCCUCGACGACUUCGAGUCCUCUUUUUUCGACGACUUCCGACGACAUUGAGUGCAUGGGCACGAUUCCGUGCAGCCCCGACAAAGGCAAGGCUGUCCGAUCUCCUUCAGAUUCGAACGCGAUAUCUCGCCCAGGAGCAGUGCGGAGGGCUUCCACCAUCCGCCACCUCUUUGCCAAGAACAUUCCUCCCUUGACUAUGACUUUGAUUGAUCUCCCCUCCACGAACUCUCAUCAGCCAUCUGAGGGCAGCCUGGGUAAGCGUCGAAUGCCCACUCCCGCCAGGAACGUUGUCGGCGAGCUUCAGACAGUCGAGUCAUCCACAUCUCUCUCUGGCUGCCCUGCUUCGGCGUCGUCUAGUCUCGCUAGCAUCCCACUUCCUGAUACUCCACUCGACAGUGCUCAACAACCUGCCAGCUUUCUCUGUGACCAUGCGUACACCCAAGUGAUGCUUGAGCUACUCCCUCCAGAUGAUCGGUUUCAUUCUGAUGUAUCCAUGUCUACCACCGCAGCGAAGAGCAGGAAGAGGUCUCAGCCGCCUGAUAACAGCGACUGUAGGGGCACCAAGAAGGCGAGGAUGACGACGGAUAGCAAUGCUUCGACGCCCAUCGGCCAGGAAGACACAGCACCCUGGACCGCUCCGAUGUUUCAGCACAAUGAACAAACUGGACACAAGACAUCGGUACGCAGGGAUGCCCCCGCACACAACGGUGAUCUCGUAUCUCUGCCCGACAUUGACACUGGACCUGCGAAUGAUUCCAGCGCUGGCGGAGAAGCGAUACCUUGCCCCAUCGAAUCUUGCGAAGAGACCUUCGCCAGCAAACAGAGUAUCUGGCGCCACAUCAGCACUGUCAAAGGCCACAGAGCCGUCCGCUCUCAGCCUGGUUGGGCAGACCGUUACGGAGUCCCAGAAAAGUAUCGUCACAGGAUGAUGAUAUGCCCGUUUUUGACAUGCGCACGGCACAGAAAGGAGCAAGAAAUGCGGCGUGACGCACUGCCCAAGCACAUGCGCCAGCAUGCUAUGGAUGUGGAUGCGUGGAAGAGAAAGGUGGCUGCACUCAUACGGAGGAAGAAUGUGGGGGGGAGGUGGACGGCCGAGGAUGAGGCUAGCGAAGAAUGGAGGUAUGAGCAGGAGGUGACGAACUUUGAGUGGCGGCCGGAUGAUCUGGUCGAUGGUGCCCUAGUCGAUUUUGCGGCAAAGUAUCUUUGUAGUUACUAA